CCGAGCGGGAGCCUCUGCGGAGGAGAGAGAGCACUGUCUAAAUCUUGUCCGAUCUUGUUCACGUAGAUGAACAGUAAACAUGCAUUAUCCCGGAUAAUUUCAGUUGCAUUUUAACUUCAAUUUCUCAUGAUGAUGUUAUGUAAAGAACUAAUUAGUUCAAUGCUGUUCUCGCUAAUAGCUGGAACCAAAGUAGACGUUGUUAAUGUUUUGUUGGAUGCCAGUAGCGUUGUUGGUCCGUUGCAACACUUCUGGGAAAACACUGGAUUCUGCCCUCCAGAUCCUCACCAAGACUUCCAAAAAUUCAUCUUUACAAACGAUGAAAUGCAGAACUUGGCGUACAUUGGCUCUGUACCUAAAAAGGGAAUAAAACAAGUGCGAAUUCAUUGGCUGUUAGACCUGAUUUCUAUGGAAAGAACAGUUGAUCAGAACGUUGUCUACAACUUUACGUAUCUGGACAACGCAAUUAAGCUGCUUGUUGACAAUGGCUUACGGCCUGGAUUUGAACUGAUGGGAAAUCCAUCUAACUUCUUUUCAGAUUUCGAUGACGUUCAACAAAUAUAUGCUUGGAGAGGUCUUGUAGCAGCCCUAGGAAAACAUCUGAUAGGUGCUGUAACCAAACCUUUAUCCAGUUCAUCAAUCAAUCAAUCAAUCAAUCAAACUAGAAACUGAUUUAACUACGCUAGCCACACACUAGCCUGCAAAAACAUCCGUUUCUGCUCGCUCUUCGUCGCUGAGGGCGUUUCGCACAGAGGAACGUCUGUGACUCAGUGACAGAAAUUCUAUACUGAUGACACAAAAUCAAUGUUUACAUAAUAAAUCCCAUAGUCAUGGGGUUCCAGAUAUAAAUUUGUCUAAUUUUGCGUGUCUUCUGGUCGAUUUUGGUAAAGUGUUGUGUUGAUCUGCCCACGAGCUGCAGCAAAACUCAAAUGCUUCUUUUAGAGAAGACUAUAUUCCACAAAUAUUGACUGUUUUGUUAGAGAUUCUGCGUGUUUACUUUUGACCUUUUUGGCCUUUUGUCUUUUGUCUUUUGUCUGUCAUUUGUAAACAAUAGCUAAAACAAUGUAACUGGUCCGUCGACCAAUCAGCACUUCUGACUGGAUUCUGGACAGAUUUUACGUCAUCGGUAUGGAAUUUCUGUCGCUGAGUCGCAGACAUUCCUCCGCGCGAAACGUCCUCAGCGACAAAGAGUGAGGAGAAAUGGAUGUUUUCGCAGGCUAGCCACACACAACAAAAGCUUAUUUCCAAGUGGGGCGUAGGCAAACACACAUUAUUGAUUUAGUGGUUUGCCCAAUAUUGUAUGUUACAACAUUUUGAUAGUAGUUAAGAAAUAGUUACAAUAUUGAACAGGAAGUCUCAAGGGGCAUAACCAGCAUUUUUGCAUAGAGGGGGUCCUAAUGUGGUAUUUUUGUCUAGAUUGACAAUCAAUCUUCGGAGGGUUUCUCGGAAAAUUUUAUACUUUAGUCCUCAGAAAUCCCGUUUUGUGAUUCUGAGCACAAAUUUCCAAUGACAGCAGUGCCAAAUGAAGCUAGCUUUUUUCACUUCCAGUGAAGAGAUAGUGUGAUAGACUUUAUAAUGUUUAUGUUGUGGAUCGUUAAUUUUUUAUCUCAGGUAAUUUUUGUUUUUCUUUUGUUUUUGGGUAUAGAAAUGUAUACUAAUGCAGUUGAAACAAAAGAAAAAUAAAAAUUCCCUGAGACAAAAAAUUAACUACAACAUAUAUGUUGAUAAUCGUUGAAUACGUUAAAAGACACACUGUAGUCCUGUGAUUUGCCGUUUACUCAGUUAGGGUAUUAGCAAGAAGGAGACAUCAUGGAUGCUUCUGUGCAAAGGUGUCGAUUGUUGGCCUUAGGGCCAAUUUGCAUAAUGCAAUGUUCCUCAGAGCAAGUGCAGCGGACUCUCGCUUCAGUCAUGGUUGCCGACAAGUACUUUUUAAGUCUGCACAAUGUGCUAAGCCAUCUCAUUUUCUUUAACAGCGACAAUCUCAUUGAAAUUAUAGCCAGUGCCGCAGGCCAAGGAAGGGUUCCAGAACCCCUGGAACCCUCCCUUGGCUAUGCCACUGGUCUCAGAUGACUUUCUGGGCUUAUCCAGGAGACUCCCUGCCAAUUUGCAUCAAUUUUAUUUGAUGACAUAGAUGAUUUUGGCCAGGACUUAAGGUUUAACAUCAUCAAUACAAAAAUAAAUAGAAGCAAUAUGGUUUUCACUGUUGGAACAAGUAAACAGUGAUGAAUAAGAAAGUGGAGCCCGCUUAUCCUGUUUUUAAGAUAAAGAUGGGGGCCAGUUUUAAAAUUAACUUUUCUUGGCCCUGAGGAUCUCAGUUUGGGCUGAAAGUAAGUGGGGGCCUGUUCCCCCCUCUUGCUUAGGCCCCUCCUCUUGAUCUGCCACUGUUAAAUUUUUAUGGCAGAUAUUAAAAUACUGUAAGAUCCCAAAGAGAGCUUAUGUUUUCUUCAAAUUUUAAAGAAAGUCAGGGAGUAUUUUAGCCAAGGUGAGGGCCAGUGCCUUGUAAAUGGUUUGGUGUGUAUUGCAAAGGUUAUUGAAUGCUGACCUUAUCUUAGGGGAAAAAUUGAAAAUCAACACCCCUUUUAAGGCACAUAAACAGAAAAUGGUGAAACAUUAUUUCAUGCUAUUUGGUUCAAACAGGUUGUUUUUUGUUUCUUUUCUUUACCUGGACAUUCAUAAAGCUAGAAUUUGAGGGUAAACAUGGUUCCAAGAUUUGGUUAAUGUUAAGUAUAUCAGAUGUAGUUUAGUUUCAGGUGUUUACAGUGGAUCAGGUCCUGUACUUUCAGGUGCCAUAUAUCAAAGGACCACUAUCCUGAAAGAUACCCCAUUUAAGGACUGAGCAUCUUGCAAACUGGGUUUAUAGCGUAAAUAUAGGGUUGUCCCAGGACCAAUUAUCAUUGUGACAUCGUAUGGUAGUGUCAUGUUACAUAAUAAUAAUUAUUAUUGUUAUUAUUAUUAUUAUUAUUAUUAUUAUUAUUAUUAUUAUUAUUAUCAUUAUUACUCAUAAGAUUAGCAAAAGCCAAGCAAUUAGCUUUUGACUUUCAGUUAGUCAGUCAGUCAGUCAGUCGGUCUGUCUCAGUUAUUCAGUAGGUAAAACUCUAGGUGACCAAUUAUAAAGACAACUUCUGGUUCUAAUAAAGACCAGUUAAUUAAAGGGCAGCUUACUUAAGUUUCCUUCUUCUUUAUAAGGCUUAGUGUACUUUACUGUCAACUCCCUCCUAACAGACACCUCUUUGUGGUCGCAUUCCUAAAAUAGACUCUUAGAGUUAAUCCAUGCUGUUUUCCUUUCAUUUUCUCUUAUAUUCUCUCUGUAACUGGCCCGCAGCUCUCUAAGAUGAUAACCUUUAGGUGAUUCUGAGAGGUGGCUGUAUGAGGGAGAGUUGACUCUAUUUUUAUCUUUUCAUCUCUGUGCAAGUUGCAUAAUUUAAUUUGUAGGAAUCUUUUUUAAAUUGACCAUUCUGCUGUUGUGAUAGGGAAUGUGUUUGCAAUAUCAAUUGCCUAAAAGCAAAGAAUUAUCUAUGCAUUAUUUUCUUAAUUUUCUGAAGAGGUCUUUGGUGUAAAAGAAGUAUCAGAGUGGAAUUUUGAAUCUUGGAAUGAACCAGAGAAUGAAAAGCAUUUUGAUGGUCUGCAUGUGUCGACUGAAGGAUUCCUUCGGUAUUAUGAUGCAUGUUCUGAGGGACUUAAAAUGGCCCAUCCUUCUUUGCGCCUUGGAGGACCAGCAACAGGGCACCCAAGCACUGCUCCAAUAUUUUGGGUAUGUUUAAUUUUUACUUGUGCAUCACUUUUACUAUAAUAAGUUAUUGUUUUUCCAUUUUUAGUGCAGGAAGCUGUGGACCCUCCAAUUGUGGAUUAACCAAAUAUAACUUGGGUCUCAUCUGGUCCCGUGCCAGGCUGCCCUUUUCCCACAAACCUUGAAGACAGUACGUAUUGAUCGUCUCGGUUACAACUUGUGAGGUUGUUACAUAAGUUAGAGUGUCUUUUAUUCCCACCAACUGAGACAAGGCCAUGGGACAAGGCUGAUUUGGGUCUGUAAUUGUCCUUUUUAAUUUCAACUGACGGCUGUUUGAUCAUUUUUGGUUCCUAACAAUAAACUAGUGCAUCAAACCCUUUUUUUCUGUACUUUACUACUGUCUCUACAUGUUGGGUUACUUGAUUAUUGUGUGACUUCGUCAUAUAAUAAACUAAUUGUAUUUCUUUAAGAUUUUAUUAUUUACUCCAUUUGGUUUUAGAAUAAGCCAGCUUCUGGUUAAUAACUUCUUUCGUUUCAGACUGUCAUCACUACAAAUAUAUACAUUUGUUGUGUAUAUUGAUCUAUAUUGUGUUACUUAGUCAUGUAUAUUAAAUAAAUUAUUGUAUUUCUUUGUUAUGUAAUUAUUUACUCUAUUUGGUUUCAAAAUAAACUAUUUUCUGGUUAAAAACGUUUUUUGUUUCACACUGUCGUUACCAUAAAAGACUUAAAGCUAAAAGACAAUUAAAAUAUUUUUUUUGGUAAAAACUGUGGCUUAAACAGAGCCGUACUUCAAAGUCUGUUAUGUUAUAUUAUAUAGCUGCCUUCUGCAUUUGUGGGUAAGAUGAUCAUGAAACAAAGCAAGUCCUGUGUCCCAGUUGGCUACUCUGUGCAGACAAGAUGGGUCUUUCUUGCUUGCUAUGGACUGCAUAGACUAUAUAGUAAUUGUUCAGUCAUGAUUGUUGAUUGUCGGACGCGAUCCUUUAUUUUGUGCAUUUUUAUGGACCAAGAUAGAAAAACAAAAACAAAAACAAAACUUGGCCAAUAUUCAGCCAUCUUGAUCUCAUUCUUGGUAAAUAAUACCUAUAGAUGUAUUGAAAUGUUUUCUAAAAGUGUGAUUUUAUUUAUUGUUACUUUGUAGACUUUGCUGCAGCACUGUUACAAUGGAACUAACUUCUUUACUGGUGACAGAGGGGUAAGGCUUGACUUUGUGUCAUUUCACAUCAAAGGCCAGGGACACUCUAUGACCAUUUUACAUGAUGAAUAUGUGACCCAAGAGGAAAUGGCACAAAGGUUUCCUAAGUACAAGAAUGUACCAGUGUACAAUGAUGAGGGAGAUCCACUUGUUGGAUGGAGCAAAACUGAAGACUGGAGAGCAGAUGCAACAUAUGCAGCUAUUGUUGUCAAGGUAAGGAACUUGAUAUAAGCUAUAGAAUACUGUAACAGAACAGCCUAAAAGAAAUCAUGAUCUUGUAGUUAGAUGCAACACCUUCACAAAUGAAUCAAGGCAAAACAACCUUUAAAGGUACGCUUUCUUGAAGAGAUGGGUUUUAAGUUGACUUUUAAAGGCAUUGAUGUCGGCAGCCUUUCUUAAAGAAUUUGGUAGCUCAUUCCAAAGCCUUGGUCCAGGGAUGGGAAACGCCCUACCUCCGUAAGUCACAGUUCUAAAUCUCGGAACACUUAAAAGAACGAAGGAGUGAACUAAGGCUUCAGCAGAACCUUGAUCUAAGAAUUUUGUAACGUUCCCUAUGUUUCGAAGAUGGUGUUGGAAGGUUUUACAUAUCAUACCUAUGAGUUUAUCCAUUGCCAUAUCCUGGUCAAGUAUCACUCCCAAAUUUCUCACAAAGGGCUGGUGACUAAUAGUUUCAACUCGUACUUGAAUGGAAGUGACUACUGGCCGUCAUCGAUACUUGGAGCUUAUAACCAGCUCUGUUUUAUCCUCCUUAAGCUUCAGCUUGUUAUUAGUCAUCCAUUUGUCAAUAUCCAGGACACAGCAUUCAACCCUAGACCUGAACAGGCCUGCAUCUACAUCAGAUUUGGUCUUAAAGGAUACAUAUAAUUGUGUCGUCAGCAUAGAAGUGGUACUUUAAAGAGACUUAAUGAUGUCAGCAACGGGAGCAGUGUAUAAUACAUAAAGUAGACGGCCCAAGACCGUCCCUCGAGGAAACCAACGUGUUAAGAUUCGGUAGUCGACUUACUGCCCUCGACUUGGACAUAGUACUUACGAGAUUUUAGAUAGGACUCGAACAAAGCAAGGGCCGUACCACUGACACCAAAUCGGUCUGAUAACCUAGAUAACAGAACAGAAUCAACUAUUCUGGGACCUAACUGCAACAAGUUAUCAAAUGUUAGACAUUUUAUCAUUUUCGGAUCGGGAGAAACCUUCACCUCCUUCAAAAAAAUAAUAAAUAACACUGCCAACUUCUCGGGCGUAAAAAAGUACGAUGAAACUUUCUACGGAUCAAGGGCGAAAAUUAGUUGCUUUAAAACCUUGGCCUUGGGCCUGUGUUGCUCAAACCUUGUAGCCACGUCACUUUUGCUAUUACAGCUAGCUCAUACUUUAAAUCUCCCAUUGAUAAUGACAGCGAAGACUUUAUUUCAUUUGGAUCCUUGGUAAACUCAUCGCAGUACAUGCUUGUAGCUUAAGGUAUUUAUCAAAUGACAAUUUUUUUGCUAUUAGAUACUGGCACAGCAUCAAGAGAUGUUAUUAAAACAUAACUUCAGUAUCAGGUACAAUAUUUAACCGUUUAAGUCCCUACCUUGUGAGCAGAGGUUUCUUUCUUGUAUGGCUUUUAGCGUUUACGGAAUCCUUCGCGUGGCAAAAAACGACAGGAGAAGAGCAGAAGAGCAAUCUGCUGACUUCGUUUAUUUGAUUCUCGCUUAGAUCGUAAAUGAAUUCUGUCGAUGGUAAAAAAUAGCGUUUAGGACAUGCUUUAGGAGCUAUGUCCUAUAGGUGUAACAUUAUUUAGACACUGUAUCUCCUCAGUUCAAUGAAAAGAAAAACUUCCAAAUCGUUCUGCUGUGACUCUGAAGUUUUUUAUUUUUCGAAGUCCAAAAAAUUCUCACUUCGUAAUAACUCAAAUUUAAAGUAGUGACUGAACGUGUCUCGGAAUAACUGUUAUUCUUACUCUUUCCAGAUACAGCCUACUUAGUAACGAUAAUGGGUUUAUUGGUUAUCCUCCGUCUUACUUCCGUCAACGCACACUGUUAGCUCGAUUCCAAAUGAACCACUCUCAUCCCAGAAAGGUUGAAUUUGUGAAGAAACCUGUUCUUAGUGCAAUGGGACUGCUGGCUCUGUUAGGCGAUCAACAAAUCAAAAGCCUUGUUACAACUCACAAUAGUGACAACGAUGUUGGAGUAAUGGCAUCUGUUCGGAAGCCUCAAAUGUACUCUGACAUUACUGAUUGGGAAUUGGUAGCCAUCCUGUACAACAGCAAUGACACAUCAGGGAGAACUGCUAUUUCACAAGUGAUCGUGUCCGUAGUGAAUUUACCAGUAAAAGAGGAUUUAGUUUUUGUCGUAUACAAGCUGGAUAAUGCCCAUAGUAAUCCAUAUCAGUUGUGGAAAGAGAUGGGAUCGCCUGUGUUUCCUAGUGAUGAUCAGUUUAAUGAGCUUCGUCGUCACCAGGUGAAAAAACCAUGGUAGUUAUUACUUAUGCCGGGCGUUUUUAUUCCACUAAAAACAAAACGGACUUCUUGAUGUUUCGGAAACUAUAUAUUGAGUAGUGUGCUGGUGUGGGUUUUGUUCAGUGUUUUCAGUCCCGCUUUUGGUUAUGUUAUUUGGUGAUUGUACCCGUCCGCAACACCAAGACACCCCAAGAAUAAUUUCUAAUUUUCCAAACUUUGGAAAUAUGAAAAUUAGCAUCAAAUUAUUAGCAUUUUCGGGUAUAUCCAGUUUAGUACCCAGGCGUUCGAUCCCUUACCGGUCACGCGAAAUUUGUCACAUGCCGUCAGCAUUUACAAGUCCCACGCCGCGAGAAGAGAACGCUUAACGCCUUACGCCUGACGGCUAACUAGAAAAAGCGUCUUUUUUGAAAGUUUCAACUAGUCGAACCAAGUACUUGAUCGUUCGACAGCAUUUUUUUUAGUCGCAAGAUGUACCUUUUAAUUCUUUUAAUUGACAGAAUAGACAGACUGCAGCUAAGCUCGUCAAUUUUCCUUUACUCGUAGCUCGAUACUCAACUCGCAACUCUUAACGCGCAACCCCCAACUCCCAUUUCCACAUUCUCACAUUCUAGGCGCACCCGUUUUGAUAUUGUUUCGAAUUGUCACAACAUUGUUUAGAUAUUGAUUCGAACAGUUCCAACAUCGGUAACAUUGUUACAACAGUUUUUACCCUAAGGAACGUCGGUACAUGCAGAUGGUCUCCUGCCUCGUCAACCCGGGUAUCCAGUGUCGAUGAAUAUCUCUCGUACUGUGUCCUGCGUAGUGUGCUUCCACUUCUUUCAAAUUUGCUAGUCAGUACAGCUGAUUUAUGGAUUUUCCGUAGACAAAUGCCGUACUCUUUGCUGCUUCUUGCCGUGCAUUAUAAUACGAUAAUGUACCUACACUGUUGUUUCUUUUUAAAUCAUUUUAGGAGCCUGUCAGAACCAUUGGUCCCAGUAGUCUAUCAUCAAAUCCAUUCAAUAUAUCACUGAAUGUUCCAUUGCCAGGAAUAAGUUUGAUGCAUGUCUGUGCAAAGACUACAGCACCUCCUCCUAAGGUGAUUAAUAACAGUGUUUAUUUAGUGAAUAGUGCUCCUUAUUUGUCUGCGUAUGUUAUCUAUAACGGUAACCGGCUUAGGGAUCUACAAUCCGCUUUCCGUUUUCCCUCUUCGCCUGCUACCAGCCAUUCAGUGGAAAUUUUUCUUUUACUUGCAAAAUAGGUUUUCUACAGAACACCGAUUAGAAACCUUUUAAACGUCUCUCUAAAACGGACGGAUGUUUGAAAACGGGCUAGUUAACCGUUUAAUUCUUUUAAAGUUGUUUAACGGAUGCAGGUUUUUCAAGAACAUCUUGGACAACUGUUCAAAUGGUCAAAUUAGAAGGCUUUUUAAAAGAAGAUUGAAACGGAUACUCUGAGUUUUCCAUUUGAAACGAUAAAGCCUUUGUGUGCGCAUUUUUUCAGUUAUAGUUCCUCUAAACCUCCUUUCUCUCCUAGCGGAGAUGUUUUGCAAAGGUCUCCAUCAGGGACAUUUUGGUAAGGUCAUCGGUCAGAAUUUGUCGCGCCCCGCGCUUGUUCUUGUGGUCGACGUAUCGUCAAGUCUAUUUGAUUUUGUCAAGAUACUUUUAAUCAACGUCCAAAAUAGUCGCAUUUCAUGGCAAAAUAGCACGGAUUCAAGUGCGCGUUUCUUAAAAACUGCAUGGUCUCCUCCGUAUUUUUACUAAAUCCUUUAAUAGUAAACCAUAGUACACGGAGCAGGUCAUUAAUCCCAGCGUUUGCGUACAUGAUUUGCUUUGUGUGCACAGGUUGUAGGUAUUAGACUGAUCACUGUGUCUUCUUACGAGGUGUUAGUGACGUGGACAGAUGUGCCAUCAAGGUAACAAUUGUCAGUUUUAUUCUUCACUGUAACUAUAACUUCAACUGUAAUAGUGAAACCACAAUGCCCAAAACUUGAUGGAAAGCGCUAAAAACUGCAGAUUCGGCUUUUUCAAAGCAUUUUAUGGAUGUUCUUGUUAAAGUUUAACUAAACGGACUUUGGAGGACAGACAGGGAGCAGUAUGCAAGAUCAAAUGCUGCAACUGCCAGGUCACUAACAUUGGUGAAACCGGCAGAAACCUUGGCACGCGACUGACUGAACAUAAACGAGUGACAAGAAAUGGUGACGUCAACAAUCACGUUGCUGAACUCCAUUUACAGGCGAAACAUCAAAUCGACUUGGACUCUGCAACAUGUAUUAUUUAUUCUACAGUCUACUCUCAACGACUUACUUUAGAGCCCUGGUUUACUAACUUAGAGCAAAUGCCCCUGAAUCGUAGUCAACAGUUACCGGCGCCUACCAAACGACUUGUUGACGGACUCAAGCAAAACUUACUACGAGAGAAUGACUGGACAGCCGACAAUUUUACUAGAAACGUAUGACAAUAGACGGAUCGGAACGCACCAAUGACGUUACAGCUCAACUGACAGACGAUCAACAACAUCGCCGCUUAAUUAACUAAUCAGGUCAAUAACCAAGGUUUAAUACUAUCAACUGACAUAAUACAACUCACUGACUGACCGCACAGGUUGUCGAAAGGUCAGUCGCUGUCAACGACAUUCCUAUUCAAGACUACGUUUCCCCGGACGAUCAUGCUCAGCCUACUUAUGAAAGUUUUCAUUUCUGCAAAAAAUGUACCUUAUUAAUAAUCAAUGCAACAAAUAACUAUCGAAAACCGAAAAACCACCUUCCUCUUUUGGGAAACCUAAAACUGACCAAUGGCAAAAGGAAAACAGCGUCAAUCGUUGCAGCAAAGAUGGCUUUAUUGUCAUCUUAAUGAUUUCAACAGAGUUGUUGUGACGUGAUAUAUUCUUUAAGACUUCCAAACUAACCUGUGUUUGAGAACACCAAUUGUUCAUGAUUUUUUUUUUUAUUUUUUAUUUUUAUUUUAUUUGCCACACUAAUUACAAAAAAUAUAGGAAAAGAAGAAGAAAAAAAAAAAAAAAAAAAAAAGAAGUGGCGAGGAGACCUAACAGAAACUAUAGGAGCUUAUGAGAGGUUAGGCCUCCUCGAACUAUGAGCUAGAGCUGUUUCACAUCAAUUGAAGAGAAGAAGGCGAAAAGUCGAAGAUGGAAAGAUUUAUAAACUGUUUUCAUACUUACUCAAUAAUUUAAUCUUCAGUUUUUUCUUAAAAGAGGAGAGGGAUUGAGAGUUGAUGAUCUUGUUGUCAAGUGAAUUAAAAACUUAGGCCCUUGAAAAAGGGCGAGAACUUCUUCGUGUUUGUACGACAAUACGGUAGACGGUAGGCCUGGGAAUUUCUUGUAUUGUAAGAGUGGAAUUGAUUGCUUUGAGAGAAAUUGUUAUUAAACUUUGGAGGUAAGAAUGAAUUUUUGCAAGAAUACAUAAAUUGGCCCAGUUGAAGCAAAUGGAUAUCAUUAAAUUUUAGUAUACCGAGGUCCUUAAAGAUGGGGUCAGUAUGAGCAUUAAAAUGUGAUUUAUUAAUAAUUCUAAUAAUGCGCUUUUGCAGGAUAACAAGGCGGCGGAGAUUAGUUUUGUAGGUCGAAGCCCAAACGAUAUUGCAGUAGUAAAAAUAAGGAUAAAUUAAGGAAUAGUAGAGCAUACGUAAAGACGAUUUAGGAAGAAAGAAGCUGCAUCUAGAUAUUAUGCCGAUUGACUUCGCAACUUUACUUGCAACGUGGGAUAUUUCCGACUUCCAAUUUAGGUUUUCAUCCAAAAUUACGCCUAGAAAAUUUGUCUCCUUUACUUUAACAAUAUUUUGAUUAUCUAUACUUAUUUGAAUAUUACAAAUUGAACGCUUUUGUCUUGGUUUGAAGACCAUAAAUUUAGUCUUUUUAAGAUUUAGAGAAAGCUUGUUUGCUUUAAACCAGAUUGACAGUUUGUCCAUCUCCAAGUUUAACAUAUCUGAGAGAUAGUUCAGAUCUUUAUGUGACAUGAAUACAUUGGUAUCGUCAGCGAACAAUAUCAGAUUUAAUAGAUUAGAAGCAUUGUUGAUGUCGUUAAUGUACAGUAAGAAAAAUAGAGGUCCGAGGAUAGAACCCUGAGGGACCCCACAAGAGAUUUCAUUUCUUAACGAACGGUGGCCAUUAUAUUCAACAUAUUGCUUUCUGUUUGAAAAGUUAGUUACUGUCCACCAUAAACCCAACACUUCAGCAUUGGUUCCCUUGUCCCAAGCACAUGUUGUACUUGCAUGGCCUGUGCAACAGUAGGCGGGCAUACUUGAACGUUUGUUAUUGUGGUUCGCUUUGUAGAUGCAUUCGCUCCUUUGAAGUUUUGUACUCAGUCAAGAGUUCACAUGGACCCUUCAAUCGAGUAAAUGAAAUCGACAUAAUUUUUACCAGCUUUCAUCAUGUGUUAUCUCAAGGUGAGUUCAUGAGGUGUUAG